AUGUCCACCAACUUUAUGCCAAUUGAAGAAGUCAUUGAACAUUUCAAACAAAAUAAAUUCGUCAUUGUUAUGGAUGAUGAAAGUCGUGAAAAUGAAGGUGAUUUAAUAUGUGCAGGUCAAAACGUUACACCAGAACAUAUAGCCUUUCUAGUUCGUCAUUCAUCAGGGUACGUCUGUACACCAAUGACUAAUGAAUAUGCUGAUAGAUUAGAUUUACCAUUAUUAAGAACAGGUAUGAAAUAUGAAUCAUAUGAUGAUGAUAGACAUGGAACCGCAUAUACAAUCACUGUAGAUGUUGCUGAGGGAACCACUACGGGUAUUUCUGCUCAUGAUAGAGCUUUAACUUGUAAACAUUUGGCUAAUUCAGAGGCAAAGGCUACUGAUUUUUUAAAACCAGGUCAUAUUUGUCCAUUAAGAGCUGUAGAUGGAGGUGUUCUCAAAAGAAGAGGUCAUACUGAAGCUGCUGUGGAUCUUUGCCAAUUAAGUGGGUUGAAUCCAGUAGGUGUCAUUUGUGAAUUGGUUAAUGAUCAUGAUGGAUCCAUGAUGAGAUUGGAUGAUUGUGUUAAAUUUGGUAAAGAAUUUAAUAUCCCAUUAAUUACUAUUGAAGAUUUAGCCAAAUAUUUAGAACAACACAAGAAAUAA